AUGGGACUUGGGAUUCUUGAGCCUUCUGCGGGCGGGCAUGUCCCUGGAACAUCCUUCAUGGGGGCGAUGGGGCCCAAGAAUAAUGUUGGUGGAUAUGAGGGUGAGCAGAUGGACCCGAAGCUGAAGUACGAUACGAGCGGGCCGGUGCCGAUAGUGCUGGUGCCGCAGCCGAGUGAUGACCCGAAUGAUCCUUUAAAUUGGUCGUUGGUGAAGAGGGAUUGCAUCACGGCUAUUUUGUGCUGUGUUUCUGUCCUGGCAUCAUGCCUCUCCUCAAUCCUCGCUUCAAAUACUAUCUAUAUCGCUAUCCACAUAAAUGAAAAUGUCAACCGUGUCGCUGCCCUAACUGGCUACCACCUCUGCGGCGUCGGGGCCUCUGGCCUUAUCAUUGUCGCCACUGCCCGCGUCUGGGGCAAGCGACAUCUCUACGUCCUCGGUACCGUACUGCUCUGCAUAACCUCCAUCUGGGCCGGCGCCGCACAGUCCUAUAAGUCGCUCCUCUGGGCGCGCAUUAUCCAGGGCGUAGCGGUGUGCCCGUUUGAGGCCCUGGUGAACGCGAGUGUUGGAGAUUUGUACUGUGUCCACCAAAGGGGGAAGAGGAUGGCUAUGACAAAUUUUGCGCUGUUUGGGGGCGCUUUUAUGACACCGGUGGUGGUUGGGAAGAUUACGACUGUGAUGGGAUGGAGAUGGCCGUUUUAUUUUGUGGGGAUCUUUGCGGGCGUUUGUGUGCCAUUCGUGUUUUUCUUCUGCCCCGAGACGGCCUACCGCCGUGCGACCCAGUAUAACACUGAUCUCUCCUCGAACUCACAAACACACAUACUCCCCUUCAAUGGCCGUGUCACUCCAGCAGCUAUGGAUUUCCCCGACCCCAUCCCUGUACUCAGUAAAGAAGCCGGGGCCACACCCAUCGAAAAUCUCGAUACUGACAUCCCACCUCCGCGCGCAACCUUCCUACAAUCCCUUGCGCUCUUCAACGGUCGCAAGACCUCCGACUCGCUCUGGAAGCUCAUCCUCCGCCCCAUAGUACUCAUCGUCCAUCCUGCCGUCUUCUGGGGAAUGCUCACGCAGGGCGCACUCAUUGGCUGGUCGGUGAUGAUCGGUGUCGUCAUUGCAUACAUUUUCAUGAUGGCGCCCGUCCGUUUCCAUGAAGAGCAGAUUGGGUACAUGUAUACCGGCGCGUUCCUGGGCGCAAUGUUGGGCUUCCUGCUCGCCGGGAUGCUGGCGGAUUGGUCUACGAGAGUCAUGACGAGAUGGAAUAAAGGUGUCUUUGAGCCCGAGUUCCGCAUUCUCCUUGUCCUGCCGCAGGCGAUUACAGGAAUCACGGGUGUCUUCCUGUUCGGCUGGGUGGCGAGUAAGCCAGAGACGUAUGGAUGGGCGCUGCCCGACUUCUUUUUUGGCAUGGAGGUAAUGGGAAUGAUCAUUGGCGCUGUCGCUGCAUCGCUAUAUAUUGUCGACGCGCACCGCAGUAUUGCAGUCGAGGUGUUUACCACGUUCUUGCUAUUCAAGAAUUUCUUCUCGUACGCGCUCACGACGGGAGAGUUUGACUGGCUGAUGGAGCUGGGGACCUGGCGCUUGUUUUGGACGAUGGGCAUAGCGCAGAUCGCGGUUUGUGCGCUGAGUAUACCAAUGUAUGUGUGGGGGAAGAAGAACCGUAGACUCAUGCAGAGAUGGGAUAUCUUGAGGCUGUGUAGGUUGGAUUAG